GGCUGUAUUCUCACAGUUUUAGAUAUGCCGAAGUUUGUUGUUGCUUGUGUUGCCUUCGGGUUCUUUGUUUGCGUGCACUCUGCACCAGGGGGCUACGGCGGCGGUGGUAAAAGCUAUGGCGGCGGCGGCGGCGGCGGGUUUGGCGGAGGCGGCGGUUUUGGCGGUGGCGGCGGUUUUGGCAGUGGUGGCGGCGGAGGCGGAGGUGGUGGCGGCGGAUUCGGAGGUGGAUCAGGAGGUGGUCACGGAGGGGGCCUUGGUGGAGGAAGCGGCGGUAGCUUAGGAGGUGGUCAUGGAGGAAGUCUUGGUGGAGGAAAUGGCGGUGGCUUAGGAGGUGGUCAUGGAGAUGGAUUAGGAGGCGGAAUUGGCGGUGGCCAUGGUGGUGGUCUUGGAGGCGGAAGCGGAGGUGGUCUUGGAGGUGGUCACGGUGGCAGCCUUGGGGGUGGAAAUGGCGGUGGUCUCGGUGGGGGCGUUGGGGGUGGAAGCGGCGGUGGUCACGGUGGCGGCCUUGGGGGCGGAAAUGGAGGUGGACUUGGAGGUGGAAUCGGUGGCGGCCACGGAGGUGGUGGUGGGUUUGGCGGUGGCCUAGGUGGUGGACAUGGCGGAAGCGGUGGACAUGGCGGUUACGGCGGACAUGGCGGACACGGCGCUCACGCAAGCGCAAAAGCACACGCUGGUGGAUACGGGCGCUAGAACAACACGAAUAUGGCGGUACCAAAGUGCAAUAAAACAAUUCAAAAUGUGAUAUUUAGAUAUAAUAUCGCCAUU